AAGAAAAUAACAGAGAUGGCCCUUUCUGAAAUUUUCAUUUGCCAGAAGGAUCUAGUGGGGAUCGUCCCAUUAGCUAUGGACACGGAUAUCUUGAACACAGCCAUUCUCACUGGGAAGACAGUUGCUGUCCCCAUCAAGGUGGUUUCUGUUGAAGAAAACAACAUGGUGGUGGAUAUCUCUGAAUCGGUGGAAUGCAAGUCUGCUGAAGAGGUGGUUAAAGUGUCCGACCGAUGCGACUACGUUUUUGUCAAUGGCAAAGAGAUGAAAGGAAAGGUGAACGCUGUGGUGAACUUCACGUACCAGUAUCUCAGUGCCCCCUUGAGGCUGGCCGUUUGGGUCCCACGCCUGCCUCUUCAGAUUGAUGUGUCGGACACGGAGCUGAAUCAGGUCAAAGGCUGGAGGGUCCCCGUUGUUUCCAACCAGAGAUUGACACGGGAGAGUGAUGAUGAAGAUGGAGAUGAGCGGAAGGGAAGAGGUUGCACCCUCCAGUACCAGCACGCCAUGGUGCGGGUCCUCACCCAGUUUGUGGCUGAAGAUGCCAGCCCAUCAGGGCAACUGUCCUAUUUGCUGGGCUCCGACUGGCAGGUUGACAUAACAGAUUUGGUGACGGACUUUAUGAAGCUUGAGAAACCUCAUGUGGCCCAGUUACAAGGAGGCAAGGUUCUGGUUGGGCAGGAAGUUGGCAUGACAAUGGUCCAGGUCCUUUCUCCACUAUCUGACUCCAUCUUGGCCGAGAAGACUGUGACGGUGUUGGACGACAAAGUGACCAUCACCGAUAUUGGAGUCCAACUAGUAGCUGGGUUAUCACUUGUUCUUCAGCCCAGCACAGCUAGUCGUCAAGCUUUCAUGGCUACCACUAUAGCUCAAGAAUUGCUCCACACUCACAAACAGGAGGCCAUGGUGAGCUCCUGGAUCCAAUUCAGCGAUGGUGCUGUGACCCCACUGGACAUCUACGAUCCCAGCGAUUUCUCUCUCUCGGCCUCCUCCCUUGAUGAAUCGGUUGUUUCGGCCCACCAGAGCUCUGCUGCCCAGUGGCCAGUGGUGGUAGCAGAAGGAGAAGGCGAAGGCCUACUGGUCAGAGUAGAAAUGAUGAUCUCUGAGUCUUGCCAGAAAUCCAAAAGGAAGAGUAUCCUAGCAGUUGGCAACGGAAGCAUCAAAGUCAAGUUUGGCCAGAACGACGCCAACUCUCACAGCCUUGGGGAUUACAGUGCUGAGGAAAUUGAAAACCACGCCAGUGACCGGAGGCAGAAGGAGUUUGACCAAGAGCACCAUAGCCAGGAAGGACAAUAUUAUAGGAGUUCUUCUGCUGAACGAGAAGAAGGCCUCAGGAGGAAGACCGGUGGGACAGCCAAGUCGACAAUCAAAAGCAAAGUCUUCAAAAGUAUCCCUGAAGGAGAUAAACUUUCCGAUGAUGGUCUACUCCAGAACAUCCCGAUUGACUUUACCAACUUCCCGGCUCAGAUCGACCUUCCCCAAGGCAACAGUGGCAUGGAGGACAGUGACCUGGUUCAGACACCGAGAGGUCUCAGUGACCUGGAGACUGGGAUGUAUGCCCUGUUAGGAGUCUUCUGCCUCGCCAUUCUGGUCUUCCUGAUCAACUGUGCCACCUUCACAUUGAAGUACCGUCACAAGCAGCUUCCCAUGGAAGGGCAGACCUCCAUGACCCAUUCUCACGACUGGGUGUGGCUUGGGAAUGAAAUGGAGCUGCUGGAUAACCCAGCAGACCUCUCGCCUCCAGCCGAUGAGUGCAUCACGAACAUAGACCAAGGGAUAGGCUUUGAUGCGGGCCAUCAACUCCUCGUUGGCACGCCCAAAAAACUCCCGAGUCAAAGCAGUCCAAAAGUUCAAUGGGGGGACAAGCAAAUCAGGGACCUGAAGCAGGAGCACCCAUUGCAUUCGCCCGCCUCCAAGAGGAAGCGGGUGAAAUUUACCACGUUCACCACCAUUCCUCCCGAUGACGGCUCUCCCACCGUCAACUCCAUCCUCAACUGCAGCGAAGAUGACAUUAAGUGGGUUUGCCAAGAUAUGGACCUGGGAGAAUCAAAACAGAUCAGGAACUACCUGGAAAAGCUCAAAGAGAAAGUGUAGCAGCGUCACUUCUGGGUUUUCAGAGUUAACAGCCACACCUUGAUGCCUUCAGAUGCAUUGGAGUAUGUGAAUACACAAAUAUAUGC